CAAGCCUUUUUUGUCCGCUUCCGUCUAUGAACGGAGGCUUAACUUAAUUUCAUUCUAUUUGAUAUAUGCAAGUACAUUAUUUUGAUGAAUACGGCGAACAUCACCGUCGAAGUCCAAUUUUACUUGUGUCAUUUUUGAACAUCUUCAGGCUCUCCGCACUGGUCGCUGUGUAGUACUUACGUAUUGCUGAUGUGAACUUUUUGUCCCCCGUUUGCUUCAUCUUGCAUCCCUAGGCAACUUGAGCGCAUUUAAUGAUUUUUUUCUGUCUCGAAAGGAGAACGUUGUGUUGUAGAGAAAAAUGCAGAUUUCGAUCAAAACGUUGACCGGUCGGAAGUCCAACUUCAACUUCGAGCCCGAUAACUACGUGAAGCAUGUGAAGGAGGCACUGCAGGAGAAGGAGGGAAUUCAGAUGGAACAGAUUCGUCUUAUUUUUAUGGCCAAACUUCAAAAGGAUGUACUAUAGCAGACUUGAGUCGGCAUCCAUUUACUGUACUGUCGAACACAUUCUGGUCGAAAAUCGACUUUGUCCUGGUCGGCCGGGUACUGAUGAAAUACUAGGAAUUUAACGUGCUCUUUGGACUCACUAGAAGUCCUCCAUCCAUCAUGAAGUGUCUAAUACGGACCUCGGCAAGCAGAUGUCUGAUGAAUGCCAACUGCAGGAUUACAACGUAAAGCCAGGCUCUAUUAUUCACAUGGUGUUGCAGCUGCGCGGUGGUCAGGCGUAG